UAUGGCUGUGCAGCAACGUUUGCGGGUGUUGUGCUUGGCGGGCUUCCGGCAGAGCGAGCGGGGCUUCCGCGAGAAGACGGGAGCACUAAGGAAGGCGCUGCGGGGCCGCGCUGAGCUCGUGUGCCUCAGCGGCCCGCACCCGAUCGUGGACACAGCGGGCGCCGGGCCAGAGUCCGGGUCCUGCCCUCCGGAGGAGCAUCUUCGAGGCUGGUGGUUUUCAGAACAGGGAGCAGACAUUUUCUCCGCAUUGGAAGAGCCCACUGUGUGCAGAGGUCUGGAAGAAGCCCUGGAAACGGUGGCACAGGCACUGAACAAGCUGGGACCUUUCGAUGGGCUCCUUGGUUUCAGCCAGGGGGCUGCGCUAGCCACCCUUGUGUGUGCCCUUGGCCAAGCAGGCGAUUCCCGCUUCCCCUUGCCAAAGUUUAUCAUUCUGGUAUCUGGUUUCUGUCCUCGGGUCCUUGGCCUCUGGGAAUCCACCCUGCGGGGCCCCUUGUUGCUGCCUUCACUCCAUGUUUUUGGGGACAAUGACCGUGUCAUCCCUUCUCAGGAGAGUAUGCAACUGGCUAGCCGAUUCACUGGAUCCACCACUCUCACCCACUCUGGUGGCCACUUCAUUCCAGCAGCUGCGCCCCAGCGCCAGGCCUACCUCCAGUUCUUGGACCAGUUUGCAGAGUGAAAGAUCAACAAAUGUCUGGGUCCCUAUAUCCCUCUUCCUACCCCCAGUGGGAACACUGACUUUGGGGCAGCCUCUGUGAUCUCUGCUCUCCCGUCCCUGCUCUGGGACCUCCACUGCUGUUAGUGCUCCUCACUGUCACCAACUAAGAGACCAAUAAAUCAAUUCUUCAAACUUAAGAUUAUAUAAACCCAGCUCUGCACUCAAGAAAAUGGGGACCAAGAGUCUUUGGACUUAGACCUUGGCAUCUGGUACUCAAAACACAGAAAAGGCUAGUAGAGCCCUGAAUGAGCAGAAGGUGACAUGGGAAAAGCAGGGACUGGCACCACUG